CUCUACGAUUCCAAAGGCCCGGAGAUUGGGAUGCCAAGAUUCACCAUGCGAGUAUGUUUUGCCAUUUGAAACACAAACUAGGAAAGAAAACAAAAAGAAGGAAAAGUACAAAUGGAAAAGGAGGCUGUGAGGGCUGCUGAAGAUGUCCGAUAGUCUGGAUAUUGAAGAGAAACCUCCAGCCCCACCGUUGAGAAUGAACAGCAACAACCGCGACUCUUCAGCACUGAACCACAGCUCCAAACCGCUUCCCAUGGCCCCUGAGGAGAAGAACAAGAAAGCCAGGCUGCGCUCCAUCUUCCCAGGAGGAGGGGAUAAAACCAACAAGAAGAAAGAGAAAGAACGUCCUGAGAUCUCUCUUCCUUCAGACUUUGAACAUACCAUUCAUGUGGGAUUUGAUGCCGUCACUGGAGAAUUCACAGGCAUUCCAGAGCAGUGGGCCAGGCUACUACAGACCUCCAACAUAACAAAACUGGAGCAGAAGAAGAACCCACAGGCUGUUCUAGAUGUUCUCAAAUUUUAUGAUUCCAAAGAAACAGUUAACAACCAGAAAUACAUGAGCUUUACGUCAGGAGAUAAAAGCGCCCAUGGAUACAUAGAAGCCCAUCCUUCGAGCACAAAAACAGCAUCAGAACCUCCUCUGGCUCCCUCUGUGUCUGAAGAAGAGGAUGAAGAUGAAGAAGAGGAAGAAGAUGACAACGAACCUCCACCUGUCAUCGCACCACGGCCUGAACAUACAAAAUCAAUCUACACACGCUCUGUAAUUGAACCUGCCGCUGCACCAGCACCAGCUAAAGAAGCCACCACUCCCCAACCUGAAAACUCAAACACAAACACUCUGUACAGAAACACAGACCGGCAGCGAAAAAAAUCCAAGAUGACAGAUGAGGAGAUCCUAGAGAAACUGAGGAGCAUUGUGAGCGUGGGAGAUCCUAAGAAGAAAUACACUCGAUUUGAAAAAAUUGGCCAAGGGGCUUCAGGAACUGUUUAUACGGCCAUUGACAUUGCCACAGGACAAGAGGUGGCCAUAAAGCAAAUGAAUCUCCAACAGCAGCCCAAAAAGGAACUAAUUAUCAAUGAAAUCCUGGUCAUGAGGGAAAAUAAGAAUCCCAAUAUUGUUAACUACUUAGACAGCUACCUUGUGGGUGACGAGCUGUGGGUGGUGAUGGAGUACUUGGCUGGAGGCUCUUUGACCGACGUUGUCACCGAGACGUGUAUGGAUGAAGGACAGAUAGCUGCUGUCUGUCGGGAGUGCCUGCAAGCCCUGGAUUUCCUUCAUUCCAACCAAGUGAUUCACAGAGACAUCAAAAGUGACAAUAUUCUUCUUGGGAUGGACGGAUCUGUCAAAUUGACUGAUUUUGGCUUCUGUGCUCAGAUCACUCCAGAGCAGAGUAAACGGAGCACAAUGGUGGGGACUCCUUACUGGAUGGCACCAGAAGUUGUAACAAGAAAAGCAUACGGCCCCAAGGUGGACAUCUGGUCACUUGGGAUCAUGGCAAUAGAAAUGGUGGAAGGAGAACCUCCCUACCUUAAUGAAAAUCCUCUCAGGGCGCUGUAUCUGAUAGCCACAAACGGGACCCCAGAGCUGCAGAACCCUGAGCGACUGUCGGCUGUGUUUCGAGACUUCCUCAACUGCUGCCUGGAGAUGGACGUGGACAGGCGAGGGUCUGCCAAGGAGCUUCUGCAGCAUCCAUUUUUAAAAUUAGCCAAGCCCCUCUCCAGCCUCACCCCUCUGAUCAUUGCAGCGAAGGAAGCGAUUAAGAACAGCAGCCGCUAGCACUUCAGGUCGGCUUUCUGCCCUGCCAGCUCGGAGCAGGACUGAGAACACAAACUCUGUAAAACCUCAACUCUCGUGCUGCGGGACAGAUGGAUGGAUGAACAAACCAACGGUCACAGUCAUGGUGGUAGGACCACCCCAGUUCCUCAAGGAGUAAAAAAAAAAAUUAUCAUUUGUCUUCUUCCUGCUUUCUGGCUCCUUAAUUUAUUUUUAAGAUGAAAUGGGGCUAAGGACAGAGAGGUAAUGACAGAAAAUGCUUUGCUGCCUCAAUCAUUUCCAAGGUAAAGCAAAUUCAGUUGGAAGAUUCCCUUCCUUCUCACCCUGUGAAUAAGCUGUACAUUCACUUUUAAAUUGUCAGUUCUUUCUUAACGAUGUAAAGUCCUGUUUAUGGGGUUUUUGGUAUGGUUUGGAAUUGAGAAGGGCAAUUCUUCAUUCAUCAACUCCAGACUGCACUGCCUUUUGAAUAGAGCCCACUCACCAGUUUUUGCCCAGUCAUGGUACUUCUAGAUGAGGAAGAAAGUGCAAUUGCAUUUCCAACCAAAAAGGAACGAAGAGUGGGGCAGACAAAACAUCCUGUGGAGAUACAGUGUUCAGCUGGGACUGUGUAGUGUUUUGGUUCUUGCCAGUUGGAUCUGUAUCACUAACUGCAAUCUCUUUGCCUGGAUGAGAGUCUUACUCAACUGAAAAAGUGGAAAGAUCAGUUGGUUGCUCGGAAAGGGCUCAUCUGAUGCAAAGCUGCCACAGCAGUGUGAGGUGAGAGCAGGCCCAGCCUUGCCCAGUGCUGAGCUCCAGCAGAGCCCUGGCAGAGCACACAGGGCAGCCUCAGCAUCCACAGAGCCAGGCUGGAAGAAGGCAUUGUAGUGGCAAGGGGCAGCAGCCCAGCCCUGGGUGCUUGCCUCUUCCUGGGACUGGACUGAUCACCCCGUCUCAGAGCCAAACUGGGUGUGGGCUGCUCCCGAGGUGAAUCGUGGCCAUGCUGAGAAAUGUGCAGCCUGGUGGGAUUUGCCAUCUUGAGUCUCUGCAGGAGUAGAGAAGGGCAAAACAGAGCAGGGUGGUCUCUUCUGAGGAUUGCCUGCUCUUCUCCUGGUUGUCUUGUAGCUCCUGGGAAAGGUUGGGAGCGUCUGCAGCACUCUCAGCAGAGGGGGAAGGAGCCGGGCUGCUCCGCAGGCUCCCACACAGGUGAGCAUCCUUUAGGCACAGGAAUUCUGCUGUGGGAACCAAGACUGCCCUGAGGAGCAUCCUGCGCAGUUCAGCUCUGCAGGAGCCGGCGCAGCCGCCAGCUCCGGAAGAGAGCGCCGUGGAACCUGGAGUUGUGCACCGAGCCAGAGCAAACGUGUGAAGUGCAGAGUGGAUUGCAGAAAUAUCCCGAGGCACCAAGCCAGCACCAGGCCAGCCCGCUCUCUGCUGUCCGGCGUGCAGCAGGCACUGCGCAAUGCAGCUCUGGGUUGCCGGGAGGAGGGAGACGGGGACGUGCCUGAGGAUUGUGCUUGACUAGUCAGCGGAUUUGGAAGGGAGCAGAAUAGUUUCAGUAUGCAAUUUGUGUUUUAUUUAUUAAUUUCUGAAAGGAAGACGCAACACGGCUUCACUCAGCAAAAGCAUUUGCACGGCGUAUUUGUUGCUGUAUUUUAGGAGUACAGCUCAUGCAAGACCUUUAAAACAGCAACUGAAGCAACAACACACCCAGUGAGCAAAAAAACCCCACAGUAACACAGCUUUCUGAUAUAGAUCUUCAUGUUUCAGCCUGGUCCUGCAAAGGGCUCAGUAGCCUUUAAGGUACUCACUGCCUUCAUGUCUUGCCAGCAGGAACAAAGGGUGCUUGGGCUGGUCUUGAAUCAGGCCAUGAGCUUGUUUGACUUUGGCUUCCUGUUUAGUUGCAGCCUUUGUGUGGCAAGUGUCCUUACUGCUGCAGACUGACCCACCCUCGCUCACACUGUCCGUCCCAGUGUCUUUGGCUGAGGCAGCAGAUGGAGACAACGCUCCCUGAGCUACCACUGCUAAGUAGGAUUAACUUUUCCUGAUUUCCUGGGGAGCACAACAGGUACAGUUUUUCAGAUGGCCUGAUAACAUGCCAGGGUGAGCAGCUCCGGUUUCCUGAGCCAGGGGAACUUCAGGGGAAGCCAAGGGAGCCUCCAGGAGCCCACAGCUGGUGCAACAGUGGCUGAUGAGACCCGGGCAGGCCAAAAGCAACCAAGCUUUGCCCCCAUAAAGGAACCCCUGCAGGAGCAGGCACAGCAGAUGGUGAGCACAGCUGUGGGAGAGGAACCCCUCCUCUUCGGGCCAGAGCUGGCAGAGGGGGUGAACAGGGGGAGGAGUGUCUGUCAGCCUUCUUUGCUUCAGUCUUUAACUGUAGGACCAGUUGCUCUCCAGGAGCCCAGCCCUCUGAGCUGGAAGACAGAAGUGGGGAGCAGAAUGCAGCCCCCAUAAUCCAAAGGGAAAUGGCCAGCUACCUGCUACACCACUUUGAUGCUCACAAGGCUCUGGGGCUGGAUGGGAUCCACCCAGGUGUACCAAGGACCUGGUGGAAGAGCUCACCGAGCCAUUUUCCAUCACUCACCAGCAGUCCUGGCUAAGUGGAAGGUCCCAAGUGACUGGAAGUCAGCAAAUGUGACACCGACCUACAAGAAAGGCCAGAAGGAGGAUCCAGGGAACUACAGGUGUGUCAGCCUGACCUUGGUGCCAGGGAAGAUCAUGGAGCAAUCAUCACACAGCACGUACAGGACAGCCAGGGGAUCAGGCCCAGCCAGCAUGGGUUUGUGAAAGGUGGGUCCUGCCUGACCAGCCUGAUCUCCUCUUACGACAGCAUGACCCACCUAGUGGAUGGGGGAAAGGCUGUGGAUGUGUCUACCUGGACCUUAUUAAAGCCUCUGACACCAUUUCCCACAGCAUUCUCCUGGAGAAACUGGCUGCUCAUGGCUUGGAUGGGUGUGCUGUUACCUGGGUAAAAUACUGACUGGAUGGCUGGGCCCAGAGAGUGGUGGGGAAUGGAGUUUUAUCCAGCUGGGGCUGGUUACCAGUGCUGUUCCCCAGAGCUCAGUACUGGGGCCAGUCCUGUUUAAUAUCUUUAUUGAUCAUCUGGACAAGGGGAUCGAGGGAUCAAGGGCACCCUCAGUCAGUUUGCAGAUGACACCAUGGUGUGUGGGAGUGUUGAUCUGCUGGAGGGUAGGAGGGCUCUGCAGAGGGAUCUGGACAGGCUGGAUCGAUGGGCUGAGGCCAACUGGACAAGGUGCAACAAGGCCAAGUGCCAGGUCCUGCCUUUGGGUCACAACAACCCCCUGCAGCUCCAGGCUGGGGCAGAGUGGCUGGAAAGCUGCCCAGCAGAAAAGCACCUGGGUGCUGGUCAAUAGUGGCUGAACGUGAGCCAGCAACGUACAACUACCUGAAAGGAGAUUGGAGCCCUGGGGGAAUUGAUUUCUCCCAAAUAACAAGUGAUGGGACGAGAGGAAAUGGCCACAAGUUGCACCAGGGAGGUUUAGAUUGGAUAUAGGGAAAAAUGCUUCACUGAAAGGGUGGUCAAGCCUAGGAACAGGCUGUGCAGGGCAGUAGUUGAGUCACCAUCCCUAUAGGUAUUUAAAAGACGUGUAGAUGUGGCACUUGGGAAUGUGGUUUAGUGGGGGCUUGGCAGUGCUGGGUUAACAGUUGGACUCGAUGAGCUCAGUGGUCUUUUCCAACCUGAACAAUUCUGUUCUAUUCAAAAGACUUUGUUUCCUUCUUGUGAGGUCCCAUUUUCUCUGUCAGCUCAAGUUCUGUGUCUGUGGGAGAGACUUCCUUGUGAAAGAGUAAUUCUGGCUGGAGAUGGGCUGCCCUCCACGUGUAAAGCGUUCAUCAGAAUGAAACGUGUGUAUUCCUGUAAGAAGUGAAGAAAUGAGUGACUGUUUCUGUUUCCAGUAUUGCUUUUAUUUUUUCCUACCCACAAAGGAACAGACAGCCGUCCUUUAAAAGGAAAGCACUUUGUAAUGGCACAUGUUUGCUGGACAUACAGUCUAAAUACUUCUGUUGACAAACGACACUAUUUGAUUGGAAGGGGAAUUCCUAUUUAUUUUCUUUACCUGUAAGUAUUUCAGCAUCUCUACUUCAAAAAAACCCCACCACCAUAACUUCCCAGAAGAUAACAGAUUUUAAAAACAGGAAAAUCAAAUGGUAGGUGUUUUUUUUAAUUAAUCAGUGUAUGCCCCAGCAUACAGAAUAUUGUUGGCACUGACUUUUUAAAGACAACCGCUGUCUUAGGAGGCCUUAACUUUUUAUUUUAUUAAAUACUAUAUUUAUUUUUCUUUGCAUCAGCAAAGCUAGGGAUUUUUCUUCUGAAAUCAGUUCUGGGGAGGCAGACAAUAUUCAGCAGAAAUAAUCUCUGCCAGUGGCUUUUUUCAGCAUGGACUGUACUUGCCCAGCUGGGGUUUUGGGACAUGCAGGGAAAUGAACCUCCAGUGUCCAUGUGGCUCCAUGCUUGAGACAGUCUUGGCAUUAAAUUUUCACUCACUAGGUACUGAAAGAUUGCAGCUGUGUUUAUAUCCUCCCAACUUGGAUAGGAGAUGUAGAAGAGACGUAGAUAUAUUAAAAAAACCCAACGACACCAAACCAUAAAAAUCCAGUCCUGAAGUGGUCACGUCUUGUACAUGAUAUACAGGCUCACAGAGUGUAUUAGGAUUGGCAAUAGUAUGGCCUUGCAGAAAGGAAAGAGACAAAUAUCUUAUAUCUCUGGAACCAUCUUGGGCUUUCUGACUGCUAUCCUCAGAUUAAGCAUUAUUAGAUAUAUUUUUCUGAAGUAUUAGAAAUAGGCUGUUUCUGUUGCAAUAUAAAAAUUAAAAAAGUUUCAGACACUUCCAUUCCAAGGUUUUAAAGGAUUGGUUAACUGUCUUCAUUUUUAAAUUUAACAGUAAAAUACCCCAUCCAAGAGCUUGAUCAUGGUUCCCAUCCCUGCAGUGAAGAUGUGUGAAAAUGAGCCAAUAGUGCACUGUGGUUUUAUUGUGUUUUGGGACAGAAGCAUGAUAGCAGUAAAGUCAGGGAAGUUUGAGAAGCACAGAAAAGUUUAUUUAUUUAAGAAAAAAGAAAAAAAAAAGAUAACCAUACCUAUGUAAAAUUCCGUACAGCUCCUGCAUGCACUCCUGGGAACCUGCACGGGGGUGGAUCUUACAGUGCUCUCAGGGGUGGAUCCCAAACUUGGGCUGGGGUUGCAUUCUCACUUCUGUGUCCAGCGCUUUUGUAAAUAUGUGUGUGUUUGUUCUUCAUCUUUGGCUACUGGUUGGCCAUUCCACUACACACAAAUGAACUCAAGGGUUUGUGCUGAGUUUCUUUGAGGCCAGUGGCUGCACUUUGGCAGGUCUUUUGGUCAGUGUUUCCCCAUGUCCUGCCACCAAAAAUGAAGCACAUUCCAGUCACUACGAGAAGGGAGUAAGUACCUGUCUCCUGUCCUCUAGUUGUAGGAAAUGUCACCGUACUUUACUGUCCCUAUGGUGGUUAUUUCCAAUAUAUAGUCCUUGGUGUGGCUACUGAAUAUUCCUCACACUGAGCAUGUAAAUACUUAGUAGUCGUUAGUCCAGUCCUGAGCAAAUCCAGUGAGCAAAGGGCCAGAGAGAGCCCUGUAACAUCUACCAUUAAAGGCAGGAGCCAGUGUUUUUUGCUUGACAUGCAGGGCAUGCACAGUAGUGCCACCUUUGCCUUGCUGUGCAUUACCAAGGCAGUGGUGUACACACCUUCCUGGUGGACUGUUCAUUCAUGCCCAGGUAUGCAGCAACUUUAAUGAUGGGUGGUGGGGCAAGCUGAUGAAGACCUAUAAAUAUAAGUGUUCAUCUUUUUUUUUUUUUCUUUCCCUCUCCUCUUCCCUGACCAGGUAAAUGUCUUUAAUUUUAUCACCAGUUUUCAGGAAGCAGGCAAAGGAUAUCCCUUGUCUUUCAGCAGAAACCAUUUCUUGAAGUGUGAUUUACAAUUCAGGGAUCUUUAAAACUUCUCUUUGCUUGUGUCUGUCCUUGAGCCUACAGGGUAAAUUUUAUUUUUCUGGCUGAAGCUUGCAGAAUGUUGCUUAUACAUCUCUCUUUGGGUGCAGUUUAAAGCCAAUUGCCAUAAUCCUAGGUGUGCAUCGUGCCUACAAACCAUCACUGGCCUGAGCCUACCAAUGGUUGCAUGUACCUUUGGUGACAAGAGCCAUCUCAAAAGAGAAGAGGUCUCACAGGAAAGAGAAGAAGGGAGGGAUGCCCACUUGCUUUUCUUGGGUGCCCUUUGGACUGCCCCAUGUACAAGCCUGCAAACUUUGUUCUUGCUGCUCAGCAAUUCCCCCAGGCAAGCACUUGGGGGUUCUACUAGAAUGUGACCCUGACUGAGGAAACAGGGGGCAAUACCAUUAGUUAAAGUUGGAAAUACUGAAAACUGCUGAUUGAUUUAAUAGCCUGUGAGCACAGUGGCUUUGCCCUGCACAGUUUCCUAGCAGACCAUGCAUCAGCUUCAGCACCUCUGUGUCAGGUGCCUUCUGCUGUGUUUGGUGGCACCGCAUUCACAGCUGCCUGCAGAUCACACAGGGUUUCUGUGAGGUUUGCUCACAACAUCUGCCUUGGCCAGCUUAUGUACAAAGCCAGAAGGGCCGUGGUUGGGCACAGUGGCCUGAGUUGGCAGCUGCGAGUGCAGAUCAGAAGAGCUGUCAGGCACAUCUGUACACACCUUUGAAUCACAACUCUCUGAUGUUACAGGUUUAUGCCAGUCACUGUAACAGGCUCUGACCCUGGUAUCCUGCUGAUGAAUGCAAGGUUUGAGUGAAGGCCUCCAAUUCCUCUGUUAUUAGUUCUCAGGUGAGAGCUCGAGCUGGUACCUCCAGAGAGGGACCCGUAGCCCAAUUCAUCCCUCUCAAUUAUACCCAUACCACCUGAUCCCAAAGUUCAGUCCCUUAAUUCUGGUUGGUGGUCACUUGAUUUCUUACAGGUUUCCACUGUCACUGGGCUGGCCGCCUUCAGACAUUACUUCAUUGUCUUGGAAUUGUCGCCUUGGUCCUUAUCUUCUUCAUUCCAUUCAUACCUGGAGGAAAAGGAGCUGGGGGUGCUGGUUGACAGGCUGAACAUGAGCCAGUGUGUGUGGCCAGGAAGGCCAGUGACAUCCUGGCCUGUACCAGCAGUAGUGGGGCCAGCAGGACCAGGGCAGUGACCAUCCCCUGUGCCGGGCACUGGUGAGCCCACACCUCAAAUCCUGUGUUCAGUUCUGGACCCUGUGUUCAGUUUUGGGCCCCUCACUAGAAGAAGGUCACUGAGGUGCUUGAGCCUGUCCAGAGGACAGCGGAGCUGGGGAAGGGUCUGGAGCACAAGUCUGAUGAGGAGCAACUGAGGGAGCUGGGGAUGUUUAGCUUGGAGAAAAUGAGGCUCAUUGUUUUCUACAACUACAUGAAAGGAGGUUGUAGCAAGGUGAGAGUUGACCUCUUCUCCUGAUUACAGAGGACAUGGCCUCAAGUUGUGCCAGGGGAGGUUUAGACUGGCUAUUAAGAAAAAUUCCUUUACCAAAAGAGUGUCAAGCAUUGGACAGGCUACCCAGGGCAGUGGUUGAGUCACCAUCCCUGGCGGUAUUUAAAAGACACGUAGAUGUGGCACUUGGGGACACGGUUUAGUGGAGGAUCGGCAGUGCUGGGUUAACAGUUGGACUCAGUGAGCUCAGAGGUCUUUUCCAACCUAAAGGAUUCUACAAUUCCGUGAUUCUAACAUUCUAACUAAUGUUAGCAGCAUUAGUUUGAUCAAAAAGUUCUCUCUUGGUCAGCUCUUGUGGCCCGAGGUUUCAGCUCCUUUAGCUCCUGAGCUGCUAAUGCUAAACUAGAUAAACUCUGGGAGAAGAAUACAGUUAAUCCAGUUUCUUCUAGAACACUGUGAAGGUGAGUGUGUGAAGUAAAACAUGAGUACUGUUUGCGUGUCAGCCCCUGCCCUCUAUGCCUUUCAGGGGUUUGAAACAGGAAAGAGCUUUCCUAAAGAGAGAAUUGAAGCAGUGUGUUACUUGUCCCAGGUUUUUCCAGUCCCUGUGCUUGACUGGUUUUGUCCCUGUUUCUGUGCCCUCUGUUCCCCCUGUGCUCAGGGGCUGCUGCCCAAGACUGCGUAACUGGCACAGAUAAAGACGAGCCCUCAUUUCUCACAGCAGCCUUUUCAUCUGUAAGCUCGGUCUGGAGAGGGAGUCAUCCCCUCUGGUGUACACUCCAGGAGCCCAGGGCCUGCCAUCUGAAGUCCAUGCUGGCAUUGAGGGCUGCCAGGUGGCUUAGGCUGGUGUGAUGCUAUUGUAAAUGUGAAGAAAUAGUGGCAAGUGAUAGUUUUGAAAGUCAGGUCAGUCUGCUGCUGCGUGCUAUGUGUGUUGUUUGUCCAGCCCUGCCCUAGACUUGGCGAUCCGAUCCAGGCUCUGCUGCUGCUCCCUCUGGAGUCAGCGAGAAUUUGUUUGUUGGUUUCAGCGACAGCAGAACUGGUCACUGAAGAAGCAGGCGCUGAGUUCCAGGGCCAGAGGGGUUCCCUUGGCUGCAUGGGUGGAAGGGAGCUGCCCCUUGUUCUUAUUCUUCACCAUGCAAAACUGGUCAGGUGCCGGUCAGAUGUGGAUCAGCACAGCAAACAGGGAGCCUGCAAGUGUCUUCUAUCCAUGUGUGCUGAGAUUUUUGACCUUUGGGCUUAAGGUGUACAAAAGCAACUGCUCUUGGUCACUGUGUGUAUCUCCACGUUCAGCAAUGCUGCUAAAUCAGUCUGUAGCACAGCAACAGGGGAAAAGCCUCAGGUGUGAGGAGCUGCUGGUAUCUGCCUUAGCAGGGACACCAGCAGAAGGGGAGCUUCUCCAGAUGGGAACUCAUAGCAAAGGACUGCACAGACCAUAGCACCCCCUCCUUGGGCAGAGCCCAAAUUCAGGGGGGAAUAACAGAGUGAUUCUGGUGCACUGGUGUGUCGGCACUGCAGGUGCUGCGCCUGCAGACAGAUGGUUUGAGCAGAUCUGCAAGAAUUCUGCAACUCUUGACUGGAUCAGGAUGUCACCAGUGCUAAACUCCAGUUUAGUCCAAAGCAACCAGGUUACACCAACGCUGGUGUCUGCUAGAUAUUUUUUCUUCAGGGUAUCCAGACAAAAGUAAACAGAGGAGGAGCCUAAUUUUCAUUGUCUAUCAGAAAUGUAUCUCAUUUUGCUGUACAUUCCUUUUUUAGGACGUGUUAUCUGUUUAAAAAAAAAAAAAAGAAAAAGAAAAAAGAAAAGAAAAAACAGAAAAAAGAAAAAGAUGAAAGAUAAAAACAAAAAUCAUGUGUAGUGAAAAAUCUUCUGUAACUUUGGAUUAAGAGGUAACUGAUCUUUUUAAAAAGAGAACUAAGUUAUUUACUUUGUAAAUGUGCUGAUGGCAUGGAUCCAUCUUACUGACCUCAGCAUCCUUUUUUUAAAGAUUUUGGGUUUUGUUUCCAAUAUUAAGUUAUUUUAAAUUGUGGUUGAAGCAAUAGGAAAUUGAAAUAUGGAUUGUGCAUGACUGUGUCUUGAGUGUAAAAAUAUUGCAGUUUGAAACUUGGACCUAAAGUAUUGCAAAUAAAAGUUAUAAAUACCAA